AUGAGUGAUAAGAUUAAAGAAGAAAUCAUGAAGCAACUAAGUGAAAAUGUGAUCAAGGUCGUCCGGUAUUCCACAUGGUUUGCAAAUGUUGUGCCAGUGCUAAAGAAGGAUGGCAAAAUUAGAGUUUGUGUCGACUGUAGGGAAUUAAACAAAGCAAGGCCAAAGGACAACUUUCCUCUACCCAACAUUCAUAUCCUUGUUGACAAUCAUGCUAAACAUGAGAUCCAAUAUUUUGUGGAUUGUUAUGCCGGAAGCCGAUGCCAACUGGCGGAUUGGCAAAAUGGAAAUUCUUGCUCACAGAGUUUUGAUAUUGUUUAUGUCACUCAUACUACCAUGAAGGCACAAGCUUUGGCUGAUUAUCUGGCAGAAAACCUAGCUGUUGAUGAGUAUGAAUCUUUGAACACAUACUUCCCAUAUGAAGAGGUUAAUUUAGUUAAAGACGUAGUCCAAGAUGACUGUCAAAUUUGGAAACUAUACAUUGAUGGGGCUGUCAACAUCAAAGGCAUAGAGAUUGGUGCAAUUCUUGUAUCACCUUCUGGGCAACAUUAA